AUGACCCGUCGUCACAUGACCCAUCGUCACAUGACCUACCGUCACAUGACCCGUCGUCACAUGACCUACCGUCACAUGACCCGUCGUCACAUGACCCAUCGUCACAUGACCUACCGUCACAUGACCCGUCGUCACAUGACCCGUCGUCACAUGACCUACAGUCACAUGACCCGUCGUCACAUGACCCGUCGUCACAUGACCUACAGUCACAUGACCCGUCGUCACAUGACCCAUCGUCACAUGACCCGUCGUCACAUGACCCGUCGUCACAUGACCUACAGUCACAUGACCUACAGUCACAUGACCCGUCGUCACAUGACCCGUCGUCACAUGACCCGUCGUCACAUGACCCGUCGUCACAUGACCCGUCGUCACAUGACCCGUCGUCACAUGACCCGUCGUCACAUGACCCGUCAGACCAGGGGUGUCCAAACUUUCUAG